GUUGUAUAUAUGAUCUGCUGCUUAAUUUAUUGUCAUUUACUUGUCUUAGGGGGUAGGAGAAGGAUGAGGAAGCGAGUUGUUUUCAACAAGAUUAAGGAAGGGGAGCUCCAGACGGGAGAUCACAUUUACACAUGGCGAUUUGGCUAUAUCUACGCCCAUCAUGGUAUAUUUGUUAGUUGUGACAUAGUGAUCCAUUUCAACCCGGCAGCUGGUCAGGAGGUAGAAACAAGAACAUCCCUCGAUGGUGUCAUCUUCAGCUCAUCUACCUCUCGUCGCUCUGAAUCUCAAUGUCAAAAAUAUGGUGAUCGUCCUAGGAAUGCCGGGGUCAUCUCUACAUGCCUGGAAUGCUUCCUCUCUGGUGGUAAACUAUACCGUUUUCAGUAUGGUGUCUCAAAAGGCGUCUUUUAUGCACAGGUUCGAGGAACAUGCACUCUUGCCCCUACUGAUUCCUCCGAGGUUGUCCUUCACCGUGCUGAAACUCUUCUCGCGAAUAACAGUUUUGGAAAUUACAAGCUUUUCAAGAACAACUGUGAGGACUUCGCGAUCCAUUGCAAGACAGGUUAUAAUCUGCACUUUGGAACUGGUGGCAGCGGGGCUAGUGGUCAGGUAGCAGUACUCUCUGCAGCAGCUAAAGCACCCGUCAUUUCAACACUCAACUCCGCUUGGGCCAGUUACAUCUUACUCAGCGCAGCAAGCGUCUUUGGUGCUCCAGCACUGCUACCGAUAGGCAUUACUUUAGCUGGUUUUCAAGUUCUUUACGGGGGAAUGUCUUACUGCAUUUACAGGUACCUUUCGGAUGUUGGAGUACGCGAGGACCUGAAGAAAAUACCUGCAGAGGAGCUUGUUGAUGCGAGUGUCUGAACCUGCAUUACUCAUCAAAUUGGACUGUUUAUUUAUGAACUAAUAGUAUCUGUAUCAUAGACAUGGGAUAACUUUAUAGAAAAGCUUGUACGAGUUCACCACAGUAAUAAGAACCAGGUUCAGAUCGGAGUUCAACAGUUAAAAGACAAAAGUAAGGAACAAACGUAAAGAACACGUGAUGUUUACGUGAAAACCUCCUUGCUUGAGGGAGUAAAACCACAGGAUGUUUUGAACUUAUGUUUUAUGAAGUCAUUAUUACUGUUAAACACCUUGCUUAUGUGAGC